UUCCAGCAGCUGCCGCACUCACAGCAAACAGGGAGCCAAAAGCAGCCGCACAACCACCAUGACGUGUCUUAAGCUGCUGUGGGUGGGCGUGACGCUGGCGCUGGCGGCGGCCGAGGUGGCGCAGGCCGGCCUUCUGGGCGGCGGCGGGGGCGGCGCCGGGGGCUACGGACGCGGUCCAGCCGGGGGCGGCGCCGGAGGCUUCGGCGGACCGGGCGGCGCGGGGGCAGGCGGCUUCGGCGGCGGCUACGGCGGCGGAGCUGGAGGUGGAGACGGCCCAGCGCAGCCGUACCAGUUCCAGUACGCGGUGAAGGACCCGGCCAGCGGCAACGACUUCAGCCAGCAGGAGAGCAGCGACGGCCAGACGGUGACGGGCCAGUACCAGGUGCUGCUGCCCGACGGCCGCAACGAGGUGGUGAAGUACACGGCCAGCGACGCCACGGGCUACGUGGCCGACGUGCAGUUCCAGGGCGAGGCGCAGUACCCGUCCGGGGGCGGUAGCAGGCCCGGCGGCGGCUUCGGGGGCGGCCCCGGCUCCAACGUGUACCUGCCGCCCACCGGCAAGUAGGAGCGCCCCCAGCACGGGUGACGGACUGCCCGGAACGGGAGCUGCGACUCGGCCGCUCGUCUACGCACUACUCGCCUUUCCUGCCUUAAGACUGCCAUCGACUCUUCUCGAGUAUCGCUUCGUACUCUUCGACUUCCAAUUCUCCCCUGGCGCUUUCUCCACACCUUGAUUUCCUUCUCUCCCGCGUCUUUCAACGUCUCUACCUUGUAUUCCUCUGCGGUCGACCGCAGCUCACCCGUUUCUGGAAAAUGACCAGACGCGACGUUGUCGGACUACGUUUCACGAGGACCACUACAACCACGAGGAUUAUCUUCAUUUCGACGUUUUUCUGUCGCACAGAUCUUUCUGUCCGGAUGAACGGAGAACGGAUUGUUCUCGAGUUACUUCUAUAAAUACUUACACACGGUACAACGAUAACAGUAGUGAUAAUUUAUUUGUGUUCGUUCUUUGGGUGCUCAUCCGAGAGCGCCAUAUCGUAAAUAUUGAACGGACUGGAAGGCUCUAUGUUAUAUUUUUGUGUUUGCUCACAGUAGAAUAGCGCAUGCAAGUUUUUAUAAAACUGUUCUCUAAAAAAUUAAAUGACGUUAACUGUUA